AUGCUCUGUGGCUGUGCCGUAACCCGGGCGUAUGCAAGAACCCCUGUUUUGAUCACACUGGCCGAACAACGAUUGGAAGAUAAGUAUAAGUCAGCCACCCUGAACAGAGAUCCGGCGCUGCCGCGUGUUCUCGAGUAUUUUCUCAUGAUGAACACUAUACAUUCGCAUGCUUAUAGCGACUCUCUUGAUGUGACCUUCCUUGAAUCACCCAUUCCGUCAGAACGACAAGAGAAAAUCGUCACCCAAUUCUGGGGAAGUACUCACACUUAUAAAAUACCUUGUUUCCGUCUAUACUUCCAAUAUUAUACCGAACAAUGCAGAAUUGUAUACCAGUCCCAUGGAACCAAUCUUGCCAUUCGCACUCACCGACAUAUCGCGGAGCUUUCGUCGCGCAUUCAGGCUGGAAUACCACGCUCCGAGGUUUAUGAAUUUGUUGAAAAGGCUCAGUGGGCCAGUGCUCCGGCAUCAAUAGAUUCCAUCAACGCGUCGAUAGAUUUGACCGCUCGACUCCUCUAUAUGCUUGACAUUGGCGAAUUUCGAAACGGGCAUUCAGGGAGAAACCCGCUGCUGUGGGUCCAGGGCUCUCUACAGGAAUUUGUGCAAGAGAAAUUGACGGAGGCCAAUUCUGAAUCGGAAGAUGGGAUCAGAUUUGAAAAAUCAUUCAAUCUGAUUCGCAUGGUUGGCAUCGCGGGCUUCAAUGUGGAGCUCACGUCAAAUCUUUCUGAUCAUCUUCGUUUUAGAGACUCCGAUAAGACUGUCAAGAUCUUCCAUCACGCCUCGUUUUUGGAGGCUCACAAACAAACCUCGGCAUACCCACCAGGUCUCGUCGAUGAAACAUUGGCGACGCUGGCCCUCUUAUUUCCAAAGGGUGAUAAAGAGACUGAAAGGUGGUACAAAAAACAAGGCAAUGCCGAGGAGCUGGAUAAAAGUAUAUUGAGGCGUCCGAAGACUGUCUUGGGGAUAAAGGAAUGCCGAUACUGGCACGAUCGUCUUGUUAUCCUCAAGACAGAAUUUGACGAGUCUCGCCCAUCGACAAUGACACAAUGGUGGAAUGACAGACGCGAUGUUAGCCAGUGGUACCCAUUGUGGGUAGCGAUAUCCUUGACCGUCUUAUUUGGCCUGGUUCAGAGUAUCGAGGGCGCUUUGCAAGUGUACAAAGCAUUCAAUCCUUAG